AUCGUCUCUCAUCAUCCAGACAACUAUUUCUCUGUCGAGACUGGAACAGCAGUGUCGGGGGUUAUACUAAACAGAGGAUGAAGAUGAGAAUGGCUCACGAGGGAAGGCAUCAUCAUGGUCCACAUCUUCGUCAUGGGAUGGGUAACGGGGGCGGACAUGGGCUUCAUGGCGGGCAUGGUCCCCACGUAGGAGGACUUCUCUUUGGGCAUGGUCUCGGAGGGCAUGGGUUUCGUGGACAUGGGCAUCAUCUGAGGGGUGUUGUUGGACAUGGGGGUCAUGGUCAUGGACAUGGGCAUCAUCUGAUGGGUCUUUUAGCCCAUUUGGGUCACGGCCAUGGACAUGUACAUGGACACGGGCAUCAUAUGAGGGGUCUUUUAGUCCAUGGGCAUGGACUUUACAAACAUGGUCAUCAUGGUCAUUGCCAUGGUCACGGUCACGUGCACAAAGGUAGGCGCCAUGCGCAUGGCCGGUGCGGAAGGCGACAUCACUGUACGGGGCAACCGGAACAGGAACAGGAACAGGAAGAGGAGCAGGAAGUUACAGCUGCGACGCGGACUCCGAUAACCGAGCAACUCGGUACUCUCGCUCUGACUGCAGACUAGAGUGGACACUUGGAGUUGGAGCUUGGACAACGACGACACGGCGUCAGCAACAAUAUGUCUUGGGGAUUUCGUCUUUUUGGUUCCUACCAGUAACCAGUUCUACCUUCUUGGGUAAUUUUGGUUGGAUGGUCAGAUUCAGCCGGUUGAAGUGUCGUGGAGGUUAAUGGAAGUUUACUUUGUACUGUGUGUAUCAAUAUCUUACUAUGGUACACUUAAUCUAGUGUGAUGAAAGAUAUCGGAUCAGACAGAUGAUUUCCGUUUGUUGUAUGCAGAAGAUAUGAAGGUUUCGAACCA